AGAUAAACUGGGAAUAUAAACAGCUUAGUCUGCAUUUUCUUCUGAUAAUUAAACUCGAAUAAUACACUACAAUAUUGGUCUACAAAUUAGUAUAAAUAUGUUGUGAUGUUAUUUAUAAUUAUAUAUUAGAAAAGUUAGGAACCGUUCUUUCGGGUGUGUUUUGACAGCCGGACUCGAUUUACUGCUGCGAGUGUUUGUUUACUUCCGCUCAGUUGUGCUGUUCUGCUAGUAGCUUUGAAAUGCAGCAGCGGGAGGAGAAGCAGCUGGAGGCGUCAAUAGAGUCUCUGGUCACUCGCGUGGCUCAUCUGAAAGGUUCCCUGCAGAGUUUCAUUUAUAAACUGGAAAAUGAGUAUGAGAGGCUCACGUGGCCCUCUGUGCUGGAUAAUUUCGCCCUUCUGUCUGGGCAGCUAAACACUAUCAACAAGCUGUUAAGAAAUGAGAAGACCCCAUCAUACAGGUCACAGGUCAUCAUACCCCUGCUGCUGUCUCCUGAUCGAGAUGAAGAGCUGGCAAAACUAACAGAGCAGCGAGUGCCUGUGUUCAGCCAUGAGAUCGUGCCGGACCACCUCAGGACUAAACCUGACCCAGAGGUUGAAGAACAAGAGAAACACCUGAGUGCCGAAGCAGCCCGGAUCGGACCUGAAGUAGCUCAGAAACAGAUCCAAACAUUGAAUAAACUUUGCUCUAAUCUUUUGGAAAAGCUGAAUAAUCCUCGUGACGACAGAGACUCUGAAACAUCAGGUAGUUUAAACGUUGCUCCUAGGUUUUAUAUUUGCCAGUUUUUCAUGUGUGCAAAGUCAUUAGAUGUUAAAUGCAUGUUUCUAUUCAGCUUAAGACAAAACAAGCCAUCCUUCAAUCCGGCUGACACUAAUGCACUGGUGGCAGCGGUGGGGUUCGGAAAGGGUCUGUCGAAAUGCAGACCACCUGGACCCGUCGCCCCGGGUCACCCUGGACAGCCGAUGAUGUCAACAGGCCCCACACUACAUCAGGUCACAGUCGCUGGAACCUCGAGCCAUCAGGCUGGCAUGGGCGGGCAGGUCGCCCAACAGCAGCCUGGACAACCUGGUAAAAUGCCCAGCAAUAUCAAGACUAACAUCAAGUCUGCAUCUGCAUCCAUGCAUCCUUACAACCGAUGAGUUUCAUGCAUAAAUGCUGCAUUUUGUGAUACGAUGCUUGGUAUUUAAGACAACAAAAGCUCAUUUGUUUUGUGCAUUUUCAAUAAAAGCAUUUUUUAAAAUAA